AUGCACUUUUCCACUCCAUAUCUAGAUGUUCUCAUGAAUAUUUUGCCGCACCCAACUGGAAUCCCUGAACCUGGCAUAACUGUCCCUUUGCAACAAUUUCGUCCUGCUCUGGCCUCUGAAACAGUAGUUGCUGGCAGGACAAGAAGUAGUGCUAAGACCAGUUCUCCCGAAACCAAUCCUUCGGGCAAGGCCACCUCCAUUGGUGAAGAAGGGCAAGCAGAAUCAGCUCCCUUCAAGAAGAAAAGGUUGAGAAAGAAAGUUUCGACACCAAUCGAUUCUGAGAACACUGAAUCUGCCACUGAACAUAACCCAAUCGAACUUAAUGACUACUUUGAAGAAGAAGUAGAGGCAGAAGAGAAGAAACUCGACCUGUCCGACCAAGAACCUGAGCAUGAAACAUCCUCGAGGACUUCAGAGAAGCCUAGAUCUCCAAUCAUCCAGUCCGUUCCAUCAAUCAUCCCUCCUGUUGAGCCUGAGCUUGUCAAUGUGGUAGAGGAAGAUAAGGAUGAAGACCAGGAUUCUCUGUUCAAAUCUGCCCAAGAUCUGUUGAAAGCAGCUACCUCUGGCACCUCAGGCAGUGGGCUUGGUUCGACCUCUCAAUCCCAAUUCUCCUCGGAGGAAGUUUCUGAGGCCAAAACAGCCCUCAGAAUGGCCUUACUUCAGAAUUUUAAAGCAGUAGCUCAUCCCGCCCGAGCCUCCAAUGUUAAGAAGGCCAUAGACGUGCUGGUAAAGUCCCAAGCCUUAGGGAUAGAAGAGGUUUCACUCCCACACUUUCAAAAAGAGUUUCCUAGCAUGGUCAAGUCCUACGAUUCCUCUACCCAUGAGCUUAGCAAGAUAAAUUCCAAGCUGUUAGAGCUAGAAGCUGUUGACGCGGAGCUUACCAGGUUCAGCACUAAAUGGAUCCAGCUGAAGGAGGAUAUUAAGACCAACGAAGCAAACAUCACUACUACCUCCACGGAAAUCCAAGACCUCAAAGGCAAAUUGGCACAAGCUGAAGGUCAUCUGGACUGCCUUCGGACGGAAUCCAAAACUCUGGCCCAACACCAUAAUGAUUUGAAAGCUGGAUCCAAAAGCCAGAAGAUGAAAUUGAACCUGUUGGUUGAAGAAAUGCCAAGCCUCCGUGGACAACGGGACACACUUGAAACUCAACUGGCUAGCCUUGACACUUCUUGGGAGAGUCUCAAAAACAGUCUUGGAGGCCUUCUGUAG